CAGGGGGACCGGAAGUGGAGGCGCUGCUGGUUGGUGCUGGGGCCCGAGGAGGGGACGCGCGCCGGAACGCGGCUGUCGGGAAUCAAGCGAGCGACUGAAGCGCAACCCGCCGACGCCGCAGCCGCUGAGGGCCCUCACGGACCCUCUGCCUCUGUAUAGAAUGAGCCAAGGAGACUCGAACCCAGCAGCUAUUCCACAUGCAGCAGAAGAUAUUCAAGGAGAUGACAGGUGGAUGUCUCAGCAUAAUAGGUUUGUUCUGGAUUGUAAAGACAAAGAGCCGGAUGUGCUGUUUGUGGGAGACUCCAUGGUACAGUUGAUGCAGCAGUACGAGAUAUGGCGGGAGCUGUUUUCCCCGCUUCAUGCUCUUAAUUUUGGAAUUGGGGGAGACACAACACGACAUGUUUUAUGGAGACUAAAGAAUGGAGAGCUGGAGAACAUUAAGCCUAAGGUCAUUGUUGUCUGGGUAGGAACAAACAACCAUGAAAAUACAGCAGAAGAAGUAGCAGGUGGGAUUGAGGCUAUUGUACAACUUAUAAACACGCGGCAGCCACAGGCCAAGAUCAUUGUACUGGGUCUGUUACCUCGAGGUGAGAAGCCCAACCCUUUAAGACAAAAGAAUGCCAAGGUGAACCAGCUUCUCAAGGUUUCCCUGCCGAAGCUUGCCAAUGUGCAGCUCCUGGAUAUAGAUGGGGGCUUCGUGCACUCGGACGGUGCCAUCUCCUGCCACGACAUGUUUGAUUUUCUUCAUCUCACAGGAGGGGGCUAUGCAAAGAUCUGCAAACCCCUCCAUGAACUGAUCAUGCAGUUGCUGGAGGAAACACCAGAGGAGAAGCAAACCACCAUUGCUUGACUGGCCCCAUCAGUGUUAACAGCAUCCCAGCUUCCUCAGAUCAGUUAGACCACUGGCACUACAGAAUCCUUUCUUAAGGCACUUUGCAUUGUACAAUGUUCCUGGAUGCUUGUAUGUUUGAAGGGGAGGGAUUUAAAUUGGUCCUGUAUAUAAAGGUUUGUUUGAGAGAGGAGAAAAAUUAGCCAAGGAAGAUUCAUUUGAAACCACAAGGGGACUUUUUAGUUGUUUAUGACACAUUUGUAGAAUUAUCACUGUUUUUCCUAGGACAACAUCAAGCAAGAGUACAAUAUGAAGAGUCUUUUCUUGGCCCUUUUUUCUAUGGAUUAUGUCAUGUGUGAUAAUUAUCACAUCUACUUGGCUUUAAACUUAUUUUUGGUCCAGUUUUAAGGUUCAUGAGUUAGUAUGUUGUGUUAUUUUGUUUGAUUCAUGUAUCCUCAGUAUUUUUAUUAACAUAUAGCAUCAGAUUAAACAUGCUUGUCACUCCAAUAUGGGAGAUGCUAUAGUUACAAGUGAGUUUGUUCCUCUCAAUCUUAAGCAGUGAAAACAAGGUCUGGGGACUGUGGGAUAUUGUUUUUAUUGCUGCUGAUUAUCAUGUCUGUAAUAGACCCGUGCAUGCAGCCCUUCCUCCGCUUCCCCUUCAUCUCUUCACAGGUGGGUUAUUUACAUUGCAAACUUUUAACUCAUUUUUGAUCUAGGACUUGCACUGCCAUCAGGAUGACUGUGUGGUGUUCUGUGAUGUAGGGUCUGUGUAAUGUUAAUCAUCUAGAGUUUGGCUUGUCAUCCUCCAACCUGUUGUUUCCUUUGUUUUGGGUGUAGGAGGUCAGAGGUGGGGGGGGUCAGAAUUGUUUCCCAUUCCAUAAUGCCUGAUGUUAUUUCAAGUUUUAUAUUAUCUUAAGGUGUAUAUGUUUGUUUUCGUUUUAUAUAUAUUAUAUAUAAAUAGAUAUAUUUUACAGUACUGGAAUCAAACCCAGGGGCCCAGCACAUACUAAGCAAGUGCUCUGCCACUGAGGUAAUCCCUAGCCAUGUUUGUUUGUUUGUUUGUUUGCCUGUUUGUUUGUUUUUUAAUUGGUUUAAUUCUUAAAUUCUAUCAGUAAAAAAAAUGGUUUUUUCCAUGGGAAACAGUGAAGCUGCUCUCACAGUAGAUGUGCUAUUUUUAUCCUGUUCUUGUUUUUGUUUUUUGUUUUUCGAGACAGGGUUUCUCUGUAUAGUCCUGGCUGUCCUGAAGCUCUGUAGACCACGCUGGCCUUGAACUCAGAGAUGACUUGCCUCUGCUUCCCAAGCGCUGGAAUUAAAGGCAUACGCCACCACACCUGGCUUUAGAUGUGCUAUCUUUAUUCUACCAUUUUAGUAAAGAUAAAUAAACUAGGUUCCUUUUUUGGUCUUUGAGACAGGGUCUCAUGGUGUAGCUCUGCCUAGCCUGGAAUCUGCUAUGUAGAGCAGGCUAGUGUGGAACUCACAGAGAUCUGCCUGCCUCUGGACUCCUGAGGACUGAGAGGAAAGGCAUGCACCACCAUGGAGAUGGCUCAUUGAUCUUUUAAGAUUCCUUAUAUAAUUUAGUGUCUUUGUCGAGAUUUCAAGAGAGCUCUUCACAUUCCUACUGGUUUGCUUGAGCUACACAAACUGCCACUUGAGAGAACAAUAGAUUAUCGAUCAUCCAAUAGCCAGUGGACCCGUAUAAACUGGAUCUACAAAUAUUUUCACUGGACAAGGUUGGGGAUUGAAUUAAUUCAUUAAAUGUGCUCUGCAGUGGUUUUGUUUAAUGGUCACAUUCAGUAGCAAUGAUCUGGGCUUUAUGUUCUGCUUACAGAGCAGCCAUCAGGGUUGUUAGAGGAACUGUUGUUGGUUUGAGCUGAGACCUACACCUGACUGAGAAAGAUAGAAGUUGAGGUGUUUUUUCCUGGUGAGCAUCUGUGUAGGAAUUUAAUGCAUAAUGUUGUGAAUGUAUCAUGUCUUCAUUAGCAACAGGAAGAUACACCUGGUGUUUACUAAAAUUGUUUACUACAGUCAAAUUUCCUUUUAUUUUUUUAGUAGCCCAUCUUCUGGAGUUUUUCAAGACAUUGUUUUCUGAACCAAGGUAUAACUUUAGGAAGGAGAGUUAAUUAAGCCAGAAUUUUGUGUGUAAAAAGAACAUUUCCUACCCAGGUGUCUCUGUGUUCCUUGGAGAGUGGGAGUAUGGAUCCAUUAGGUCACUCCUGCAGCAUGCGCUUAUAGUUUGUUUCUCUUGACCAAUGAAGAACUAGUCCUGUGAGCUGUCUUUCGGCUCCUGCAUAUGUGUAUAAACCUCAGAUGUUACUACAUUUUAUACCUACCAGCGCUCUUCAAGCAAUAGUAUUUGAACCACUAGCCUUUUAAAUAAAACUCGGUCCUAUUGCUAAUGUGCA